AUGCUCCCCUUCUCGAACCAGCGUCGUCACUCACAAGACAACGCGGGCGAAGUCGACCCCGAAUUGAACCAGCUCAUCCCCACGCGGAAACGCCAGCACCGCGUCCGCGUUCAAGGCCGACUCGCCGUCGUCCGCAGCGUGUCCACAGCAAACCUGCGGCCUGCGACAUCAUUGGCCCCGGCGCUACCGUCCCCGGUCGCAGCGAGCGGGACGACGACCCCAGCGACGCCAAAGUUCGAGUCAGGCGUCGCCGGCAGCGCGGAGACGCGCAUGCGGAGGAGAAAGAGCCUCGACGAUGCGAGUAGCGACACCGAGGAGGAGGACGCGAGGGAGACAGCAGCGAGGGAUCGCCAGUUCAGGGGGUAUGGGAUCGGAGGCGCCGGGAACAUCAGGCGGCCGACUGAAGUCUACGGCUCGACGAAAUCCAGCUCUGCAUCUUCGAGGUUUUCCAUGUUCAACCCUUCCGGAUCAUCGGACGAAACGGACAAAAGGCAGUGGAGCUUCAAAGAACUGUUUGCUCGAACCGGCGAGCGUAAAGGAAAAGGGGUCGCUUAA